AUGUCGUCGAGAAGAGCUGCCGCUGCCGCUGCCGCUGCUCAAAAGGGUAAAACUCUCUCCUCUCCAGCUUCUAUUGAAAUUACCAUUUCUGCCCUUGAUUCUAAAAUCAUAGAGAACAAGAUCCCUACUCCCGUCAAAUUCAACCAUUUGGUGAAUGAUUUAUUCAAUUCGAUUCGAGCCGGUGCUUUUGUGAGGUUAGAGGAUGCAGUGGGCCUCUUCAAUCGUAUGGUCUGCACGCAGCCGCUGCCUUCAAUCCUGACCUUUAAUCGCCUGUUAACUACUAUUGCUAGAAUGAAACACUAUUCGACCGUGAUUUCUUUGCAUCGAGAGAUGAAUUGGUUAGGGGUCCCAUCUGAUAUCUAUACAUGGAACAUUCUUCUCAAUUGUUCGUGCCGCUUGAAUGGUGUCGGUUUCGGUUUCACUGUUCUCAGCAACAUCCUGAAACGUGGCCAUGAGCCAAAUGCUGCGACUCUGGCUACUUUUAUUAAGGGGUUUUGUAUGGAAGGGCGGAUUGGGCAAGCGAGUAGUUUCUUUCUGAAGACGGUAGAAAUGGGAUAUCCUUAUAAUGUGGUGUCGUUCGGGAUACUAAUCGACAGUCUUUGCAAGUCGGGGAACAAUGCAAUGGCUCUUGGGUUGCUUCGGAAAAUGGAGAAGGGAGCAGGUAAAUGUAGUCCUGACAUUGUUGUUUAUAACACAAUCAUCGACAGUCUAUGCAAAGAUGGGCUUACAAAGGAGGCCCUUAAACUCUUCUCAGAAAUGGUUGGUAAAGGGAUUUUGCCGGAUGUUUGUACUUACAAUUCUUUAAUUCAUGGACUAUGCAAUUUAGGGCAAUGGAAAGAAGCAAUGAGUUUGUUCGAGGAAAUGUUGAAUCGAGGAAUCUCUCCUAAUGUGACAACCUUCAACAUACUGGUGAAUGCUCUUUGCAAAGAAGGAGUGGUUAAAGAAGCCCAUGGAUUACUAGAAUUGAUGACUCAGAGAGGUGUGGAGCCUGAUGUAAUCACAUACAAUAUGGUAGAUAAGGCUAUGCAGCUUUUCCGAGAAAUGCCUUGCAAGGGAUUGAAGCCCGAUGUUGUUACUUAUAAUUCUUUAAUUCACGGACUAUGCAAUUUAGGGCAAUGGAAAGAAGCAAUGAGUCUGUUCGAGGAAAUGUCGAAUCGAGGAAUCUCUCCUAAUGUGACAACCUUCAACAUACUGGUGAAUGCUCUUUGCGAAGGAGUGGUUAAAGAAGCCUAUGGAUUACUAGAAUUGAUGACUCAGAGAGGUGUGGAGCCUGAUGUAAUCACAUACAGUGCAUUGAUGAAUGGCUACUGUUUUAUUGGCGAAAUGGAUGCUGCCUUAAAAAUAUUUGAUUACAUGGUGUGUAAAGGGCAUAACCCUUGUGUUGUGACUUACACCAUGUCAAUCAACGGCUAUUGUAAGAAUCAGAUGGUAGACAAGGCUAUGCAGCUUUUCCGAGAAAUGCCUUGCAAGGGAUUGAAGCCCGAUGUUGUUACUUACAACACUCUUAUAGAUGGGCUGUACCGGGUACGGAGAAUUGUGGCUGCACAAGAGCUCUUCAAUGAGAUGCAAGCUCAUGGACAAUGUCCAAAUCUCUUCACAUACACCAUUUUGAUGGAUGGGCUGUGUAAAAGUGAGUGUCCUGUCGAGGCAAUGAAAUUACUUAAUGAGAUGCAAAUUAGAGGAAUUGAACUAAAUAAUGAAGUUAUUGGUGUCCUUAUCAAUGGGAUGUGCGAAGCUAGGAAACUUAAAUAUGCGAAGGAGAUUUUCAGUUGGGCCUCCACCAAGGGCUUGGGGAAUAAUGUUAAGACAUAUAACACACUAAUCAAUGGCCUUUGUAAAGAAGGGCUUUUGGAGGAAGCUAAUGGAUUAUUCUUAUAAAUGGAAGAGAAGGGUUUCCAACCAGACAGUGUCACCUUCAAUGCUUUAAUUAGGGGCUUUCUACAAAAGAAUGAGACCCUCAAGGCAAUGCAACUUCUCGGGGAAAUGGCUAAAAGACAUUUUUCUGCGGAUGCAUCCACCGCAACUAUGUUAGUGGGCUUGCUCACAGAGGACGAAAAAGGUCAAGAAUACCUGAGAAUGCUUCAUAAAUUUGUGCCCCAGGGCGAAGGAGAGGUGAUUUGGUGAACAUUGAUUCAACAUCAACUCUCUCUCUCUCUCUCUCUCUCUCUCUCUCAAGUUGUAACAGCCCAUACCAUAAUUGUAACAAUAGUAUCUGUUCUGACCACUGUUACUGUUAGGGAAUACCUUGCUUGUAAGAGGUUGAUACACAUUCAACUCCUCCCAUGUUCCUCUGAGUUCCUGUAAUAUUCACCUAGCAAUUUAUCUCCUUGUUGGAAAGAAAAAAACCUCUUCAAAUAA